AUGUACGAUCGCGUACGACAAGAUUUUGCCGAUGCUCUUCUGGGUUCUCGAGAGAGCGAUCGAUCUCAACUGUUGGAUCUCAAGACGGGCCUAGCAGCAUGGUUCAGCGCAUCUUGUCAAGGAAGAGCUGACAGCGCUAAAGCCGAGCAAGAAGUCAGAGGGGGUGUGGGAUCGUUGGGAAGGGAUGAAGGGGCGCACGAAGGCGAAGAAGUGGGAGGAGCAACAGGAGGGGAAGCGUUGGAUCAGGAAGAUAUCGAUGCUUGGAAUAGAGAAGCCAGGACUUGGCAGCUCAUCGCUAGGCUGUACCAACAUGUGCCGCUGCUCAGCGAUCGCUUGUCGAGACAGCCAGCUGCCGAGCUGGAAGCUUCCCAAGGCUCCAGCUCCCAUCCUUACGAGACGCCGCUCAGCUCGGUGCAGAGGCUCUUGGCCCAGAGUCCCGGUCUCGCAGAGCUCGAGCUCGUCCGAACCUGGCUCUCCGAAUAUCUGGGCGAGUACGUGUCGGUAGUGGAAGUGCGCAAAGGCUAUAGGCCAUACACGCGCAACAAGAUUCGCUCAGAAAAGCGCACAGGAUCCAACAAACCAGCUUCGCGUUUGAACGAAGACAAGAUCAAGAUUCCGCGCACACAAAGCUUGGAUCCCGAUGCCCCUCAAGAAGUUCGUGAGGAUGCGACGUACGAAAAGGCGUUGACGCGAGCGCUGUUCGAAUAUGUCAGAGCUGGAAGACUUUUGGAGGCGCUGGAUUUGACCAGACAAGCGGAUCAACCUUGGAGAGCUGCCAGUCUGAGAGGUGCGAUACUGCAUUGGCGACCUGGUUGCGGCGACGACGAAGAAGCGCUAGACGAGCCAGAGGAAGCUACUGGAAAUCGCAAUCGCUUGUUGUGGAAGGCCAUUUGUCGGACUUUGGCAUCCAAGAGCGGCAUAGAAGAGCACGAAAGGGCACUGUACGGCGCGCUUAGCGGCGACUUGCAAUCUGUGCUGGCCGUUUCUAGCAGCUGGGAAGCGCAUCUGUGGGCUUAUGUCAAUGCCAGAUUGGAAGCGGCCGUCGACAAGGGACUGAAUGCGCGGGCAGGCUGGUGGAGUCAAGGCGCUACAGACACGUUUCCUGAAGCGUGCGGUCAAGUUGGGGCUGUGAAGCUCAACGAACUCGUCGUUCCCGACGCUCUCGCCAUCAUUCGACGAGCCAACACGACGGAGACGAUAGGAUCAGCAGACAAGGGCGAGAUCAAUCGAGAAUUGAAACAAAUCUUUGAGGUGCUCGCCCAGACAGAGUCGCAUGGGGUUCAUGAACAAGCAAACAACCCGUACGCCGUGGUGCAACGAGCAGUCAUCUUGGACAACGUCAACGAGUUCUUGAUGCAUGUGGAGCAGCGUCUGUUGGAUAUGCGCGAAACGGCGGAUCCGAGGAUAUACGCCAGGCUGGUCAGAUUCUUUGCACAUCUCGUGCUCUUUCUGAGGAGAUUGCAGGUGGACAAACCUCCGUCGGAUGUGGUGGCCAACUCGAUCUUGCGCGCCUAUGUCGAGGUGCUGGAGGUGGAUGGCGCGAAGGAUAGCUUGGUUGCCAUGUACGCUAGCGCUUUGGAACCGGAAAGCGCUACGCAGAGCUAUGCGCAUUUCCUCAAGCUUAUGCCCAUCACCGCGACGGAAGAGGAGCGUAGAGCUGCACUUGCAAGAGCCAGCGAGAACGAUCUCGACGUUGCUGCUGUGGCUCGCAUGACGGUCGCGAUGAUCUUCGAUGAGCUCAUUCCGAUGAUGCCGAGCGGCUUGGACCCAGAACAACCGCUUUUGCCUCUCGAAGCGCCCUUGAGCGAGGAGGAGAUCUGUCUCAUUCGCGCUAUCGACUGGCUCACGUACGACGAGUCCACUUCGGAGGAUGUCAUUUUGCAGAGCAACUUGUUGCUCAGGCUCUUUUUGGUCUCUGGCAAGGUCAAUGCGGCUCGUCAAGUGCUCGAACAUGUGCCUGAGCACGCUCUCUUCGUCUUGGACGAUGCGCAAGUGGCCGAGGACGAGAAGACGGAGCAUCUGCAUUGGAAGACCUUUUUCGAAGCGUACGAGGCGCACGUCCAGUUCAGCGAGGUUUGGAACAAACGGACAACGACGAUGGGGUCGGAUCAUGCGCGACAGACUUCGAGGCACGCUUUCGUCCAAGCGCUCCGUGAGAUCGUCGAGAUGGCGCAGGAAAAAAUGGAAGAGGUAUUGCAGAUGGAUUGGCUGAAGAUCCAGGUGGUGCUCGUCGAUGUUCAGGCUGAACGCAGAGCAUUGGAAUUGACUCGCAUACGCAAGAUCUAUAUUCCGGAGCUCAUCUUUAGGCUACACUUUAUGCUCCUGGACUCUUCCGAGUUCAUUCCUGGCAACCUUGCGAUUGCCCUGAACUUGCCAAACUUGGUGGCGGAUGAGAAGCACAAGCUUUACUUGGACUUUAUCUCCCUGCACGGCAAUUCGCUCAAGCAGUACCUCGCCUUUGUCCGACAAGCGCACCUAGAAUCUUUCGAUCGACUCGGCACCGACUCGUUCAAGGCUGCCGCAUCCGCUCCUACUUUGUUGGGCGCAUCUUGAAAACAAGACGCAACGUCGCAAUCUCAAUUGUCAUUGUGUGCGUACAAAGAGAGGUUGAUUGUGCAGCAGUCUGGGACCGGGCGGGGCGUGUACUGUGCAUUCAAAUCUACACAAAAUGACUCGUGACUAUGAGAGCAAUCAUGGCAGCAUUACAAUCCGCAUCGCGCAACAGGGACAUGGUGUGGUUUGCAGCAGCUAAGCAAAGGACUCAUCGACCGGCUUGGUCUCCAGAAAUGUCUCCGCAUUCGACAUUAGCUCUCGCAAAGUGGCGACGGCAUGACGAGGAGCAGCCUCGGACGAGGUCGGGCUCGCACGAGACGGUCGGACAAUCUUGGCUCGCUUAGCAACGCUUGACCUCGAGCUGCGCAAUGGACGGGCAAGAAACUUGAACGUCAGAAACAUGGCAGUCUGGACACUAUCGAAUCUUUCGUGCUUGCUCACCUCGACUCGGACGGGGAGCGCUUGCUCGACGUGAUCAUU